AUGUUGCCCAAAUCGAGCGCAUCAAUCACACCCCUGCGUGCCUUGACGACAUCUCGACACCAGAUACCAGCACACGGCUUCAUCCCCAACACAUCAAUAUCCCAUCAUCCACUGCUUAUCUAUCAUGGCGCCUUUCAACAACCUGUCAACCCAUCUUCCGUCGAGCAGCAUCUGACGGCCUUCGGCGUCGUCAAGCCCCAUUGGCGCUAUUCCAUGUAUACAAAGACACACUUCCACAGCACGGCGCACGAGGUGCUGGUCGUCACCGAUGGACGCGCACGACUCAACUUUGGCGGGGAAGAGAACCCCGGUAGGGUAGAACUGACAGUCGAUCCCGGGGAUGUGAUCGUCAUCCCCGCUGGCGUGAGCCAUCGGCUCCUGCACGAUGAAAGUGGUGCGUUCGCCAUGGUAGGCAGCUACCCUGUCAACAGCCGGCAGUGGGACAUGUGCUAUGGGGGUCCAGACGACGAGGACAAGGUGAACGGAAUCGGUGGUUUGAGCUGGUUCGAGAGGGAUCCCGUGUAUGGCGACGAUGGACCAGUGCUGCAUGGGGAUUGA